CACAAGAUCGGCUCCAACUCCUUCACCGUGACCCCGCGCGGCCGCCCCCCGGUACUGCUCGCCAACGGCCCCUCGGAGCCUAGCCCCCACGCCCACGUGCCCGUGGCCAAGGUGCCCCCGGUGCCAUCGCCCAGCGCCCCCAUUGCCCGAGCCAAGAUGCAGCGGCCAAAGCCUGAGGGGGCUGAAGGGACCCAGUCCCCUCGACCCUGUGCCAGCCCGUCCCCCUCCAGUGCCACCUCCGGCGCCUUCCAGCUGCUCUCUGCCUCCGCACCCAAGGCCAGCAGCGGCUCCUUCGAGAUCCGCCCGUCUCCCAAACCGGACCUGGCCGCCAUCCCUGCCCAUGACCUCCAGGCGCAGGCCCUGGCCAACCUACGCCUCAACUCGCGCAACUCUUUCCUAGUCGUGCCCUCUCGGGCGAAGGACCCGUGUCCGCCGGCUCCCGCUGAGAGCUUGAGGACGGACAUCCCGCUGUCCUCAGAGCCUGAGCGUGGGCAGCAGGAAGAGCCCUCGCCAGCUGCCUUCGAGGCCCAGAGGGAGCCUGUCACUCCCCCAAAAGCAUCUCCAGAGCCUCUGGUGCCGGUGACUUACAUUGAUGAUGACAUUGUUGAGCCAGAGCCUGGAGACUUGGCUUCAGUGCCUGGUGCAGCUGCAGGGACUAAGGACUUACUUGUGCCUCGAGAUGCUGCCUCUGGUAUGGGUACGGAGAUGGAGGUUUCUGCGGUGCCCUUCUACCGACCCCACCCUGCCUCCGCAGGCUUUGCUCAGAGAGGGGGUUACACAUUCACUGUAGUACCCAAAAGGAAGCCUCCUGUCUCUGGUCUGGCAACCUUCACUGAUGGCAGCAGAGUCCAGCAAAAUGAGGGAGUGGAGGAUGAGGAGGAGAUUCGAGGAAGGCCCAAACCCUGCAGGAGCACUGAUGCUUCCCCACCAGGGCCCCUGCUGAAAACACGCUACCCCAAGGCACACGAGAUUGAGGUGAUCGGUGGCUACCUGUCCUUGGAGAGGUCCUGUAUCAGCAAGAAGGGCUCCCGUCGCAAAAAGAUGAAAAUCUCUUUCAACGAGAUGAGCCUGCAGACCAUGUUCGAGUACCCCUCUGAGAGCUCCCUGGCAGAGGAAGAUGAGGAGGAGGAAGAAGAAGAAUUCAGCUCAGAAAUGGAGGAUGACAAGCCUUCCUCCUUCUUCAUUCCACACCCAAACAGCACCUUGCACCCUAACAUGCCCAACCCAGGCUUGUCCAGCUAUACACCAAAGCACUCUGUGGAGUUUGGCAAGUGGCAGGAACAGAAAUAUGAGGAUCAGCCUGGUGCAACGGGGACCGUUCCAAAGGAGGUGGAUACCCUGGGGAACCAGGUCAUGCUUACCCCAGCAGAUAGGAGUUGUCUUUCUGACUUCAGCAGUGAGCCUGCCUUGUAUUUCUGAUCACCGAACCCUGCAGCCUGCAGCAGCUACAGCUGAGCAGGAAGCUUGGCAUGCCAUCCAUCCUGCUCUCUGAAGGUCCUUGGAUGCACUUCCUGGGAUGGAGCGUCUCUGAAGUGCUACAGAAAUGGGCUUCCAGCUCUGCCUUAACACAAACCCUGAGCUGGAUCCUGUGCCUGAGGCACUAAUGUUGUUGGACAUCUUGGAUGUUAGCAAUGGAUUCUGGGACCAGCCACCUUUUACAGUAGCAGGCAGAACUGUUUGGUUUGUGACCUUCACAUGUUCCUUGUUCUAGAACAGCUGUCUGAUUAAGUAAGAGCAAAUCUGAAGUCUGCCAGGGGCACAGACUGAGGGUGCUCAGCUGAAUCCACUGAGCCACUGAUAGUGGACUCAAGGAAAGAGAGAGAGUCUCAAAAGCCUCUUGUGGAGGCUCCCAUUGAAAAAUAUAUCUGCAGUUUGAGCAUUGAGGGAUCUCCAGGACCAUCUGGUGAAUCAGCCUAGAGCUUGGCAGGCCAGGUCCAGGGAAGGUGGCUGUGGUUUGAUAACUGCACUAUAAUGGGGUCCACUUCUUGUGCUCAGGAUGGGGGGCUAUCUCAGGUCCAAGUUCAAAUCCAGGCACACUUUGGGGUCUGACUGGUUUCUGCUCCUGUAAAGCUGAUGAAUCAUUCAGUCAAGGCUGUGUUGGCUGGGAAGGGAUUCCCUGGGGUGGGAUGCACUAGAGGGGUGAAGGAUGAAGGGCGGGGGGUGGAAAUAAGUGACUCAUCCUCUGUGGCAGAUCAGUAGAAGGAAAGCUGGAGGGUCCCCAGAUUGAUGCUGGUUGCUUCCUCUGGGCAACUGGAGCUGCCUGACUAGGCCUCUCUUUGAAGGAGUUCCAAAGCACUGGCCAUAGCUGUAACAUGUCCUACCUUUUGUCUCUUGAUCUGUCUCCAAUCACUAUCACUCAUGUCAUGGUUGUCCCCAUUCUGAACACUGCUGUAGCUGGUCUUUAUCCUAGAGUCUGAUCCAGCUGGCCCAGACUUAUCCACUAGCUGCACUCCCUGCCCCAUGGCUGCCCUUGAAUUGGAGAGCUUGCUUGCUUUGGGUCAGAAUACCUGCACCUGGGCUUUCUUGCUUCAAUUUCAAGAUGCAAAAGGGCCAUUUCUCACUCCCUUCUUUAACAGCAACCUAAGCAAGGAAUAUGCUGUUUUUUCUAGGUUUUUAUAAUUCUCUUUUGUAAUUAAUGUAGCCAAUACAGAAAGGAAUCUGCUAGGUUUUCUCACUGAUCAUGGAUGUUACUAGUACUGUAGACUUGGAUCAAUACUUCACUCUGGAGAAGACCAAUGUUUUGGAAUUGUAUGUUGCUGCUCAUGUGAUUUGUACUCCGGGGAUUAAACAUGUAGCUGAAACAGAUGGCCUCUUGGGUGUUGUGAAUGGUCGAGAUACAUCAUGGCUGCCUCUAGAGGCUCAACCUGUCAUAUUUCUGAUUAAACCUGAUGCAUUUGUUCA